AUGCAGGUGCCCAAUAUCGUUGGCGCCAUCCGCUUCACGUACGGCUUUCACCGAACGGGGUCAGAGGAAGGCGUCAUAUUGGACAUGUGGCUCGGUGCCGAGUGCGUCGCCAACGUCUGCAGUGACAUCGCGGUGAACCUGCUCCUCUGGAAAGCGUUGGCGGGUGUCGAUGGUGUUCAGCAUGUGCUGUACGCCGACGACAUCACCAUCUGGGCCACUACGGGAAACAUAGGAGUGAUGGAGGAAUGCCUGCAAGCAGCGGCGAGCAUAGUAGACCACCAUGCUACGUACUGCGGCCUCGAAUGCUCCCCGUCCAAGUCUCAAUUUGUGCAUAUUCGACCUUCCCCGAAAUGCAAAAUCUCAGUUCAGCUUUCUCUCGCCAGUGGCCCCAUCCGAGAAGUGGAGGAGAUUCGAAUACUCGGUCUCUUCAUUAAUCAACAUCGCAAGGCAGACACAACUCUUGCCAAACUCCGCAAGGUUGGCGACCAGGCACAGAUGUUGCCUGUGCUGCGAGCGUUCGUGGUGUGGAACACCGCGGCGUUGCUGUUCUGCUGCGCCGGCAACCUGGCCGGUCUUCGUUACCCGCCCAAGUGGUGGACCCACGUAGACGCCGACAAGGUCACCGCAACACAGAGGGUGGCGCUUGUAGCUGUUUGGACGCCGGUGAUCACAGUCGCUGCAUUGUGCAAGAUCUACUACACCGCCCAGCUGUACAGGUUCUAUCGAACAUACAAGGAUACCGGCGGCAAGGCAUUCGACGGGGCCUCCAUGGCGGCUACACGGAGUGUACGAGCGGAAGGUGACCGAACAUCCAUAGUUCACACGCCGGAUGACGUCACUGCACCGAAUCUCUCCAAGUCUAUGGAAGGCACAACCCUGACUACGAAGUCUCAAAGCUUCGGCGUUAAAUCGCACCGACUGUCUGCGGCCGCAGAGGACCAGACCACCACAAUACAACCACGGGGGACAAAGUCCGGCAAGUUCGGCAACCGCUCGCGGAGGCAGUCGGUGACAUCUAAAAGCCGCACUACCCCCGUACUACCACCAAGGACAAAGUCUGGCAAGUUCGGCGACCGUUCGCGAAGGCAUUCGGGGCCCGCUGAAGAGCGCACCACCACCCUACUACCACCAGGGAAAAAGCCUGGCAAAUUGGGCGGCCGCUCGCAGGCUAGCAUAGGUGUCGCGCAAAACGCUGCAAAGCCUCCGGGGGGCAAGUCCAAGGGGCAGGCCGUCGGCGCCGUUGGACGAGGUACCGCCAGCGCAGCUUCCACGACUCGCAGCAAGCCGGCCAUUCGGGAGUCGCGCCGAUCGUCCUUCCUUGCCGCAGGUGGUACCCAGAAGGACGGAAAAAAGUCCCAGCGACCGUCCGGCACCUCCGCUGCUGAUGCGAGGGCCGUGGCGGAAACGAUACGGAAAGCAGCGCCCCGCUCGCGACGGCAAUCCGUGACUGAUGGCGGCGGUUCCACCCAGCGUCCGAGCAGCGUCGGUUCCACGCCCCCGCUGCAGACGUCGCGGAGGCAGUCUGUCGCUGGCCUCGCCGCAGUUGCAGCAGCGCAGCUAGCCGCCCAAAACAGGGCUCGCAGGAAGUCCCUAACCGGCGCAGAUGCUACCGGCGUCGGCGCUGCUUCUACGCCCAAGAAGUCCAUCUGACAGUCUCGUUGGCAGUCCGUGGCCGCUUUUGGGAGCCAAGGACGCGUCCCGAGGGUCUAGCACCACCUCGGCUACCUACGGGUUGCGUGGACAGUAUUGGCGUUUCCAGGAAGUCUAGCACUCGGCAGGCGCCCUAACAUUCUAGAAUGUGCACAUGUUACAGAGCUGCAAUAUUGCGUGCGGUCGUGGCCGCCGAUAGAAUGCAGCAAAAUAU